AUGCCAAAACAAAAGUCAUCAAGUCUUCAAGAGCAUACAUUCCUUCCCUUAUCGACGCGACUGAAUUCCAACAGACACUCAUCAGAUUCCAUUGAUUCCCAAUUUGCGUCGCCGGAUAACGACGAUAGCAUUCCAUCUGCAUCGAAAAGGAAGGGCAUGCCAGGAUUUGGAAUGAUGAAUCGAAUUAAAGGUGGAGUGGUGGUUCCAUUGGGUCUAUCUGGAGUUGCAAAACAGAAGAAACCGCAUAAUUGGAUUACGAUUGAUAUAUCGAAUAUCAUGCAGCUGUUUGAUACAACAGAUCAGACUCCAUUUAGAAAAGGACAACUUGAUGGGACGUUUCUAGCCUUUUUGGAAACUGAGGCCGAAUCAAUAAUGCUCUCAAAAUGGCGAGCCCACGUCCCAUCCUCAUUCGCUCUACGCAUAACACUCCAAGAACUCCCCAUAAACAAUCCAGCAUACCUAGAUCGCAUCACCGGUGGCGCCAGCAACCAAGUCGAAAUCAACACGUGGACUGAGGGCUCAAACGCAACAGAACUGCUUCGUCUAGCCUCAUCAGAUCUAAGGAGACAGAUAAAAGCCAAUUUUGUCAUUUCGUCGAAACGAUCUGGCAACGAAGUACGCAGAACGAGAUGGAGUGGUAUAUUUGCUCUUGUCACAGGACUCAUCAUAUUGACUGCAUGUCUGUUUCUUUCGAGACUUGUGGUGCAAUCUGGAUCUGAUGGGUCGAGUGUGUUCUCCUCUUGGAGUGAUGUGGCAUCUCAGGCGUUGGUCAUUGUUGGGUGGGUGGCCGUAUGGCGGCCUGCUGAAUUGCUGCUUUUCGCUUGGUUGCCGUCACUGGAAAGGCAACGACUGUUACAAAGGAUUGCCGAUAUGCACGUUGAAGUGGCAUACGGAUCCUCCUCGUUUGAAGACGAGUCAUAA